AUGCUCUUGAACCUGCCCGACGAGCUCCUCCUCUGCAUCGCCGCUCACGCACCCAUCCCUACCCUUGCCACCCUCACGCUCCUCAACCGCCGCCUCCAUGCCGUCUUCGACCAGUACCUCUACACCCACGACAUGCUGCACGACGACCUGUCGCUGCUCUGGGCCGCCUGUCUCAACCGCACAUCGAUAGCCUCCAAGUCCAUUGCAGCCGCCGACUCACUUCCCCCGAAAUGUCGCUGCAUCGCCAUCCGUCACGCCGCCAUCAACGACAACCCGACCGUCCUAGCUCUACUGCUCCGCCGCCUGCGGUGCUCCCAGACACAAUGUCCCCAUCGAAUAUGGGCACUGCACGAGGCCGUCGACAAGGGCUAUCUAGGUGUUCUAGGUGUGCUUGUUGACUCGGGCCAAAUCGAUAUCCGAAGUCCCCGGCCCGAUGUAGACGAGUCGGCCCUCCAUCGAGCCCUCAGCCGGCUCGACUUUGAAAACAGAUCGUGCGACGUUGCCAAUAUGCUGCUCGAUCUUGGCGCCGUCGACGCCUCCAACGUCAACCAGCGCCGCGGGGUAUGCCAAGCUACGGUGCUGGACGCUGCAUGCCGCAAUGAUCAGCGAGCCAUUGCUAGGCGUCUGAUUGCCAUCGGCGCCGACAUCAACUGCGUCGACGUGCACAACGAGACGCCCGUCUACAUUGCCAGCAGCGGGCAUAAUUUGCCCCUGCUGCGCUACCUUCUGACAUGCAAUGCUGACCCGAAUGUCCUCACGGUGCGUAAUAGGACUGCCCUGCACUUUGCUGCCGCCUUUGGCCAGGAGCACUCGAUGCGCGAGGUCAUGCAUCUGCUGCUCGCGGCCCCGAGUAUCAACGUCAAUGCCCACACGCCGGGCUUUGGUACAGCGCUGCACUCGGCCGUAGCGCAUGACCGCGAGAUGCAGACGCAGAUGCUGCUUGAGGCGGGUGCUAACACGGAGCUUCGUGAUGAGCACGGAAUGACGCCGCUGGAUGUGGCGAGACAGAUGCAAAAUGAUAGACUGGUUGCUGUCAUUACAGCGGCCAAGGAUAAGCGACGGAGAGAGCGGAUGAAACUAUGA